AUGUUUACGAUAACAUGUGGUUCUUCUAUGCCAUGGCUUCAUGUUGUUCAACCAAACUUGACAGCAGGACAUUAUGGUUAUAUUGCUGAUGAAUAUGAACGACAUGUAAUAUUACGCGGUGUUAAUGUUGAAACAGAACAAAGGAAUAUUCCUGCUGAUCAAGAUAGACCAAUUAAUCCUUUAUUAUAUAAUGGGCAAUGUCCAUCUAAUAAUUAUGUUUAUCAAGAACCUCCUACAUGUGAAAUAGAUUAUGGCAAAGGAAUGUAUAAUAUUAGUGAUGAGUGGAAUAGUCAUAAUGACUUUGCUCAAAUAAGAAGAUGGGGUUUUAAUGUUAUUCGAUUAUGUUUAAGUUGGAGUGCAUUAGAACCAACACCAGGAAACUAUAGUGAAAUGUAUUUACAACGCAUCGAACAGAUUGUUGAUUGGGCAUCUGAACAACAAGUCUAUGUUAUACUUGAUAUGCAUGAAGAUUUAUAUUCUCGUUAUAUAUUAGGUGAUAAAGAACAGGAAAUUCCACCCUAUUUAAUAGCAUCAGAUGGACAAGAUGGUGCUCCUGAAUGGGCAGUUAUGACUGAUGAUUGGCCAGCAUUAGCCUUCUUUGGCAUUGGAAAUUUAAAUUUAGCAAUGAUGAAAGCAUUUGAUAAUUUUUAUAAUAAUUCUAUACCACCUAAUGCUACACAAGGAAAUGCACCUGGACCAGGUUUACAAGAUCAUUAUAUUGGAGCCAUUGCUUUUUUAGCAAAAAAGUUUGUAAAUAAUAGUGCAGUUUUAGGAUAUGAGAUUAUGAAUGAACCGCAGCCUGGCACGCAUAUUGAUCAAUAUAGUUUUUCUAGUGAUUAUUUAUAUCCAUUUUAUAAACGUGUUAUACAAGCCAUAACUGGUGUUCGUGAUAAUUUACCUGAUUGUCCGAAAUAUACUCCAACUGGAACAAAUUGCUCCUAUCCAAAUCUGGGAAUCAAUGAUAAACGUCAUUUAUUUUUUGUUGAACCAACCGCAUUUCGAAAUUUACUUGAUUUUACUCCCCAACAUUCAACACCAUUUACAUCAUAUAGAAAUAUUGUCUAUUCUCCUCAUGUUUACACACAUGUGUUCACAAUUGAUAGUAUAUUACACUUAAAUCAAUCAGAAUAUCCACCAUCAUUCGAAUUCAUCUUUGAUGUCCGGCACAUGCUAGAAACUUCGGUGGACUUGGAACUUUAUGUAUUAAAACUAGCAAUUGAAAUAAGUUUUCUUCAAGUAAACGCUUUUGUAAAUUUUGCAUAUGAGUCGGCAUUAAAUGAAUCUGUUGGUUUACAAACUGCUAUUGUAGUUACAGAAUAUGGUUGUGGUGCAGAUGCAGAUGAAACAUUAUUAAUUCCAACUAUAGAAUCCCAAGAUAAAACAAUGAUAUCUGCUCUAAUAUGGCCAUGGAAAAACAACUGUUUUCAAGAAGGUUGUGAAACAAGUUGGAGUUUAUACGACUCGGGUUCCCAAAAUGGUACAUUUGCAAAUCAAAAUGGUCCUGAACGUCCAAAUCGUGUUCGAAUAUUAUCCCGUAUACAUCCACGUGGUGUCAUUGGGCAAUUAAAACAAUACUUUUACAAUACAACCACAUCAUCAUUUGUAAUGACUGUCAAUUGUGCUAAUAAAACAUUAUUAUUGUCAAAUAAUGAAACAAUAGUUUAUAUACCAAGACGAUUAAAUAAUUCAGUAAUAAAUGUUACGGGCGAAGCCACAUUAAAGAAUAUAAUUAACAAUCCAGAUCAGAGUCGUGUAGUUGUUAUUAAUCCAACAUGCAGUGGAUCGUAUCAUUUAUUAGUUGCAAAUACUACAAAUGAAAUUGACGAAUUAUCUCAACAAACAUUCUUAAAUAAUAAUUCUAGUACUAAAUCAAAUUAUCGCCAUGAAACAAUGCAAUCAAUGAAAAACGUUUAUGAAUUAUUUCAACUCUUACAUGCUGCUGCCAUUAAAACUGGUGAAGCGUUUGUUGCAGCAUCUUCCAAUUCUGUCAACAAGUUUACAGCACUACAGAAUGCUGUUGAAACCAAUAUUAAAAAUAUAAUGCCACUGCUGGACAAGUUUCGUAAGCAGGCUUGA